AUGGAUGAAGUGAAGCUCUUUGGAUUUUGGCCAAGUCCUUUUAGCCGAAGGGUCAUUUGGGCUCUAAAGUUAAAGGGUGUGAAUUAUGAAUACAUAGAGGAAAAUCUCCCCAAUAAUAAGAGCCACUUGCUGCUACAGUAUAAUCCUGUUCACAAGAAGAUUCCAGUGCUUGUUCACGGAGGAAAACCAAUUGCAGAGUCAUUGGUUAUUCUUGAAUACAUUGAUGACGUGUGGCCAAAGAAUCCCCUGCUUCCAAAAGAUGUUCAUGAGAGAUCUGUCGCCCGGUUUUGGGCCAAAUUCAUAGAUGAAAAGAUUCGAACUAUGUGGGAAUUCUAUCAUAAAUUCGGGGAAGAACAGGAAAAGGCGAUCAACAACAACCUUGAAAUUUUGAAAACAAUAGAGGAGCAUGGGCUUGGAGACAAGAAGUUUUUUGGUGGUGACAAAAUUGGACUAGCUGAUCUUAUCUUCGGAUGGGUUAUUCAUAUGUUGGUGCCUAUGGAAGAGGUAGUUGGAAUCAAACUUGUCAAAGCCGACACCUUCCCUCGCCUGCAUGCAUGGAUGAAGAAUUUCAGUGAAGAACCUGUAAUCAAAGACAAUGUCCCGGAUCACAACAGAGUAGUAGAUUUCUUGAGAAACAGAAGAGAAUUAUAAAAAACAUCACCUCAUCAUAAACACACGAAAAUAAAUUA